AUGACGACCCAGGUAGCGGGAAAGCGCCACCAUCGUGAGGAAUACCGCCGCAAGAUCCAAGAGCAGGCUGAGCGCGGUGAUGGCGAUGCUUCUAAUGUGAAGAUGCCGCAGAAGAGAUUCUUCCGGCAACGCGCGCAUGCGAAUGUGUUCUCGGAUCAUAAUCUGGACUACCCUAUUAGCCCCGCGCAUAUGGACUGGGCGUCGCAUUACCCUGCCUUUGUGGACCCUGAUCCGUCUAAGAUCAAUCUUGGUGGUACGAGGAAAUUGACCAAGGAUGUGGAAGUCGUGGACAUUGGUUGUGGAUUUGGUGGGUUGCUGGUUGGCCUGGCACCUCUACUACCAGAUACCUUGAUGGUUGGCAUGGAAAUCCGCGUCUCAGUCCUCGAAUACGUCCGCAGUCGUAUCUCCGCCCUCCGCCUGAAACAACAAGUCCUGAAAAAGAUUGCCGCCGAAAAAUCCACAAACGAAGCUACCCCUUCCGAUACCCCCGCCGCCCAAGAAGACGAAGACGACGAGGUCGGCAGCACGACGACCAUCGUCCCCGGUAACUACGAGAAUAUCACGGGUAUCCGAGCCAACACGAUGAAAUUCCUCCCCAACUUCUUCGGCCACCACCAACUCUCCAAGAUUUUCGUGUGUUUCCCCGAUCCACACUUUAAGGCGCGCAAGCACAAGGCCCGUAUUAUUUCUGAGAGCUUGAAUGCCGAGUAUGCGUAUGUGCUUAAGCCGGGUGGUUUGAUGUAUACUAUCACCGACGUGGAAGAAUACCACCACUGGGUCCUGCGGCAUUUCAAGUACGAGACUGUUGAGGGGGAGAAUGUUGCUGAGGAUGAACCUACCGGGGGUAUUAGGGAUCUGUGGGAACUUCUUUCUGACGAGGAACUCGAGGCGGAUCCUUGUGUGCGGGUGAUGAAGUUUGAGACGGAAGAGUCGAAGAAAGUUACUCGGAACAAUGGUAACAAGUACGUUGCUGUUUUCCGACGCAAGGCUGAUCCUGAGUGGCCUGCUUAA